UCACAUUUUUUUUGUGCUUGAUGCAUUCUUGAUCCUAGCUCUAGAUUAAUCAUUGAGUAUGUUUAUAUAUGUGAAUUGAUGCAUUGCAUGCAUGCCUUGUGAAUUUUGUGAUCAUGGAAAAUCAUAUUUUGAUUGAUGAACUUGGCUAAGGAAGUUAACUUGGUUUGAUCAUGAUUUUUGUGAGUUGAUUUGGUUACUCACAUGAUCCAUUUUCAAGGUUUUUUUGAGAUGAGAUUUGUGAACAAUUUUAUUGAGCUUCACUUAUUUAGUUCCUUUUUCACGUGAUUUUUUCGACAAUGUUGUCUAUAAAUACGGAGGGUAAAAGUUCAAAUUCUGCAAACAAACUCUUACAUUGUAUUGAUUUUUCAGAGAAGUUUUAAGCACGCUUGUCGUAGAGAAAGAAAAUGAAUCGCGGUAAGCAAGUAGCCUACAUAGCGAAAGAGAGAUGGAAAACAACAGAAUACCGGAAAAAGGUCGUGAAGACAGUCGCGGAAGAGUUAAUCAAGCAUGGCACUCCUUUGAAAAAUUUUAGUUUACCUGAGCUUGUUGCAUCAGUAGAAAGAUUUGAGGAGAAAGUGAACACUUCUGCAAAAACUGAGGAUGAGUAUCUUAAUUUGGUGACAGCGAAAGUAAAAUCGAUCCAAGUGCUGUCACGGAAGGCCGCAGAAGCCACAAAUCAGCUAACAAAUGCUUCUUACUCAGCUGGAACAGAUGCAGACUUUGAUUGGCCGCAACAUAUUUAUCAAGAGAUUCAAAUUCUGAAACGUAAAUAUAACGCUGUAGUGCGUCGAUUUUAUGAAAAGAUUUGUAGUAAGCUUCAGGUUCAGCCUUCUGCUAAAGAUGUAAACUCAAGAGAAUUGGACAGAUUUAGACGCCAUAAGAAUUCAAUGGAAAGCCUUUUUUCACUCUUUGAAUUGAGUAAGAGCCAGAUCACUCCCGAUAUGAAGUAUCGACCGAUCGAAGCAGAUCGUUACAUACAAGGUCUUUUAAUGGUGAACGGUUAUACAGUGCAACAAUCAUCUGACUUGCAAUCCAAGCAACAACUGGUAAUCCAAAUUGGCAGUUCACAAUGCGGUAAACCUACAUCAUGUUCCCAAGAGAAAAGUCCUGCAAUUGAUCGACUGAUAAAAGCGUGGACAUCUAUUUCGCCCGAAGUACUGAGUGAAGCUGCUGGGGAACUUAAAAAGGCGAUUCAUUUCAACGAUAAAAUACCAGAUGCGAAAUCGUUAAAUGAACCACCAGAGAUGUUUGAUGAACUACAACAACCAACUAUUUUGAUUCCCCAAGAACGGAAAAGGCCUCGCGAUAUUGUUGCAAAGACAGUUUAUACUCCUAGCAAUUUUGCUAACAUGCACAUGCGUAAAGGCUUCAAUCUAGUCACUGCUGCCGCGGAAUCUGACUCGAAUUCAUUCAAAGUUAACGCAAAACGUCUUAAAACUAUGCAGGAGAAUGAGAAACUUAUAGAAGAAAUAAAAUACAUCAACAAUCAAUUGUUCGACUGUGAGGUUGUUAUCGAUGAAAAGGAAAAUGCUGAAAGAGGUACGCAAGAAAUUGAAGGAUUAGCCGUUAAAAUCUUGUUCAAUGCAGUGACUAUCAAUCAGAACCUCGUAUAUCACUUCACUUCUGAUAAAAAGUCGUUGAUGAAACCGUUACGGUUGGUUAUUCCGCCGAGUUAUCCGUCUUCCUCUCUCGUUAUUCUCGACGAAUUGCCAUGCCAAGCCGGUGAUGACUUGAGAGCUCUAUUUGAGAGAGCAAAAGCAAAGCUGAGAUUUCAUCUUCAAAGUAUGAACGAACCGUUUUUGAUAAAGGAUAUAGCAAGAGCGUGGGAAAGGUGUUCUAGAGAAGCAAUUCUUGAUUAUGCACAUGCUAAUGGUGGUGGAACAUUUACCUCAAUGCAUGGAGUUUGGGGAGCUUGUGAUUGAUUCAUUCUGAUGAUUUGUGUUGUUUGUUGAUUCAGAACAUGAAGAGUAUGAAAAUUGUUGAGACUAGUAAUAAGUUAUUGUUGUUUAAAACAGUUUCAUGCAUGGUGGUCAUGUUUAUGGGAAUUUAUGAUUACAUAGAUUCAGAACAUGAAAGGUGUGUUGUGUUGUGUUGAUGCAUUUGGUUUUGAAGAUAACUUUCCCUUUACUAAAUGUGAUCUUAGCAGAUUUGGUAAUUUUGGUUUUAAAAUCUAGAUGCUUAUUUUUGUGUUAA